AUGCAGUGUGGUCCUCUGGGUUUCUCUGGGGCAGUGGUUGAUAUGGAAGAGGACUACAGACUCCCCAUUCCCGCGUUUGAAUGUUCUGGAGAUGAUUAUUUAGACAACAUCCCACCUCCUCCACUUCCACCUCCCCUACCAGGCUACCCAGUACCGGGCGUAAAGGGAGAGAAAGGAGAACCAGGCAUGAAAGGUUCGCCAACCAAGGCUGAUGUCGGACCUCCUGGCCCCCCUGGUCUUCCAGGGCCCCCUGGUAUACCUGGACGAUCAUAUCUGGAUUGGCCGGAGCUUGGAUCUGGUGGUGGCAAGGAAGUAAUGCAAACAUGUUUUUGCAAUUUUUCUUCCGUGACUGCGCUUGUCCGGGAACAGCUGUCCAAAAGGCCGGAAUACGCAGACAAACGAGGAAGCAAGGGAGAUAAAGGAGAUCAAGGGCCUCCUG